UCAGCGCUGGAGGUCCGCGGAGACGGCCGUCGCACGCUCGUCGUCGACGUCGUCGUCCCGUCGACGACCGGUGAAUUCCCUCCCCGGUGAAAGACGGACUAAUUAUAUUCGCCUCGUGGGACGAGGUUACUAACCAUCCAACCAACCCUCCGGCCUGCGCCUGCGUGCGCGACCAGGCGUUUUCCUCGAGAGGGAAUACUCGAACGACGACGCUUUAUUCGCGCGGGAUACGAUCGCAAAAUAAUCGACGGGACGAAGAAAUCCGGAAUCAUUCGCGACCAACCUCCUAGGCAUUUGAAAACCGAGGAAUCGACAAUUGAAAAAAAUUUAAACAUGCUCGCAAGGCUUAACACUUUAGCAUCCGUGAUCUGGACACUGGGACUUUGGUAGUCUGGAAACUCCAGAAUUUAAAAUCCGAAUCUCCGAAACCCAUUCGAGAUCUUUGGCGAUUAAAAUUUAAUCCUCACAGUGCAAAUUUGCACCUUCAAAAAUCUCAAACUACCGUUGUUUCUCUAAAACCUCUUUUCAAAAAAACCUUAAUUUUCACCGUCAAAAUAAAUUUUUCAUCCAAUUUGCAUAUCACUAUUAAAUUUCCCAUUAAAAACGUAUAUACUCUCUAAAAUUUUUGAAGUGGAAUUUCAUCUAAAUGAGUAGAAUUCCGCUCCAAAGAAUUUAGAGAGUAACAAUUCAAUAUUUCUUCACGUAAGAAAAUUAACGAUCGAAAGUGUAAAAGUCAGAUUCCCACUCUGUGCACUGUAACGAUUGCGAAGGUGGGGUGUGCACUUUGAGAGAUCGCGAAAUUAAAAGUCGAGGGUUGCAAAAGUUCAAAGAUUCAAGGAUAAUUAUUAUUGGCAUAAAUAUUCGCUCAUCGAGCUUCAACUUGAUUUCGAUUUAGACCACACAAUCGCGCAGAAAAUUGUCGUUGGAAGGAACAGCAAAUAAAUUCGCGAUUGUAUCGCGCCUGUAAAUGCAUCAAGCGAUUACGAGGACGGAAGAUUUAUGAGCAGGGAGGGGACCGAUUAACUUUCCCGCUCGGCUUUAUUUUACGAUCGCGCUACUUUGGCGCGUCCAUCACGCGUAGCUUUGACAUAUCACGUCAUCUCUGUAAAUCCAAAUCGAUCAGCGCGUUAUCGAACUACCAUUCCGCUAAAUGUAUGAAAAAUUGCAAUGUCGCACCAGCUUCCGAAAGAUUCACGUUUGACACGUUUUCCUAACGAGGGUUGCUAUCAAUCUGGCGAAUGAACCAGACGGUCACUCACAAUCAACUUGAAUUGUACAUCACGCGAUUAUUUUUUUCUGUGCCUCGCAGAUCUACAAUGGCUCUAGUAAUGCUACCGUGUGACCUGCCUUGGUGGCCGGCUGUCGUAAAGCAGCUGGACAAGGCCGCCACGGCCAAAAACUCCGAGGACCUAAUAGACGCGAUGCAACGACUGCAUGACAUGUGCAACAUAAGCCUCGAUCCCGAGGAAGACGCGCAGGACGCCGACCUAUUCUCCAUGUUGGGAACCUUCCUAGACAAUGAUCUCGAUCUCGCGGAACGGGAGCAAGUGUUCACGAAAACAAUACCGCGAAUAGUGGAAAGGGCAAAGGCCUUAAAAUCUACGAAACCCCCGCAAGGUUUACACUUCAGUCUUCAGCAGCAAGGCGAUAGCGUAGAGUACAGUUACGCCUUCGUUUCCUCCUUAAUCGCGAACGCGUUCUUCUCGACGUAUCCGAAGAGAACCGCGAAGACCCAUCCUACGCUGCGCGAUUUUAACUUUACAAACUUCUUCAGACACCUCCACAAAAACGCACAGAAAGCCAAGCUCAGAAGCAUCUUUCACUACUAUAAUUACCUCGAGAUGGAGCACGCACUCGACGGACGUUUAAUCAUUUCUAGACAGGUGAUGACGUCUAAGCAGUGGCUGACUAUCGAAGAUUGGUUGGAAAGUAACGUACUCCUAUGUCCGUUGACGAUACGUCACGAGGGACGGUUGGAAAGAAUCGAAGCUGAAUCAAAAGUACUGCAAGUUUGUUUCGUGAAUGCUAAAAUUGGCGGCGGCGUGCUCGAUGGCGACGUCACGCAGGAGACCGUACAAGUGGCGACGCAUCCGGAGAUGCUCGCCGCGAUACUAUCCGUCGAGGCCUUAGAAGACAACGAAGUACUGAUAAUCGAGGGUGUCAGGCAUAUGUCGAGGAUAAACGAUCCGCGGCACAAGGCGAUAUUCGAGGGUAUCGCGAAGCCGAACGUGGUAACGGUCUGCUGCAUAGAUCCCGAGGACUACUCGCGAUUGCCGUUGACGCAGUUUGAGGAGGACAACAUUUUGAGGGAGAUGAACAAGUCGCUGCUGGGAUUUCGCCAGAGGCACGUGCCCGGCAGCCCGACGGAUCCGAUCAAGAGCGAACCGGAGGCGGAGGUCGGCUUAGGCUCGCGCAGAUUGUCGCCGAUCGGCGAGAGCUUCAGCAGCACCCCGCCGGAAACGGAGGGCGACGACAAGGUUUUCGCAAUGAGCAAUAAUUCCAAGACAGACAAGCAACCGUCGCGCGACGAACGCCACAGAUUGGAGAACACGACGGAAGUGCGUAGCAGGCCUAACGGUAAAUCCACGAGACCACCGAGCCCACACAAGGUGUGCAAGGACGCGAGUUACACGAGCCGAAAGAACCGAUUCAUCGUACUCGGAUCUAGCGGCGAGGUACUGCCGGUGACACGACAGCUCGGUCAGAUGUCGGUCUACAGCAGUUGCAACAGUCAGAGUACGGACAGUUUCCACAGUGCUAAGGAGACUAUCGACGAGGAACCCGAGGAAGAGGAGCCGAAGGUGCAAACGAAAUGCUACAGCGCGCAGUUAGAUACGCCAGAGAAAAGAGGAACUUUCGCGCAGCGACUGAAAGACGCUCUCAAGCGGGAGAGCACGGCGACCGGGGUGACUUCCUCGAACACCUCUUCCGGGGAGAGCAGUUACGCCGUUGGCAUAAGCGUUAGCGGUAGCCACGUUGGCGAUCAAGACAUCAAAUUGAAGAGAGGAGGUUCUAGGGGUUUCGUUUUGCGGGAUGAGACAGUGGACGAGGAGUUCCUGAAAGAAUCUCUAGAAGCAGAACAAAAGUGGCUGGGCCGAUUCCGGCAGAGUCAGGGGCCUAUGUUUCAGAGGAAAGAUACUAGCGCGAGUAGCAAGUACAGUUUCAGCACCGAGUACAAUUCCGAUUUUUGUUCCGAGCUGGAGGAGGUCUACGAGCAAUUGUCAAAGUGGCUGGAGGAUCCGAUAGUGGCGGACGAGAGCCGAGAAUUGGACGCGAGGGAUCGAGCGGUCGUACGAUUCGCCGGUUCGCUUCUGAAACGCGCUCUGAGCGAAUCGUUUGCCGGUGUGCCGGUCCAAGAAGGCGAACCGCAGCCCUUCAUCGACGCAAACGAUGUAAAUCAACAGCAUAAGCUGGCCCUAGCAGUGAGGAGUCUCAGCUUGGAGCUCGCUCGACAGAAAAAUCGGAGACAACAAUCAGUGUCUGAAGACGUAGAUCGCUACGAAGACGCCUUGUGCGAGAUGGUAAGAGAGGCAAAGGACGCCCAACGUAGGAAACUUUGGGCUGUCACGUUCACGUCGGAAGUGUUCCAAACGUUGGUCGAUGAUCAUACAACCGUACGCCUGUCUCCACCGCCCGCGUCCGAGUCGGGACAGACGGCGAACGAACGUGAAACGCGCGAAGCGAGCACGCUCAGUGUCUCGGAGUUGCCGCACGAAAACAGUCCGCAAAGUGGAGGUUUAUUGCCAGUGGCUACCGGCAACUGGGGGUGCGGAACUAGAUUGAAGGGCGAUCCGCAGCUAAAACUCGUUAUUCAAUGGCUCGCCUCUUCCCUGGCGGGCACACCGAGACUAAUCUAUUACACUUCCGGCAAUCCCAGUCUAUCCAAGUUAGACACCGUAAGCAGAGUUUUGACAGACAGACGUUGGUCUGUCGGCGAUCUAGCUGCCGCUACACUGAGGUACGCUAUGCACACGAUUGAGGAACGAGUGGAAGGGAAAAAUAGUCUUUUCGAGGAGAUCAUCGGUAUGGAUAAAUCGGGUCCUUAGCCCGAUUCAAUGCUGUCCGUUUUGGUGGACGUACUCGCCACCAUGAUCGAGGACAGCCUACUAAAAAACUAAUAUAUCACUAUACAAUGCUCUUCCGCGGGAGGGACAUACAAAAAGAAAAGAAACAAACGGGUAUUAUUUCGAAUAGUAGUUAAACCUAAGCUCGAUAAUUAGCUCUAAUUCGUAGUCUUAGAUGAAACGUGUUGUACGAGUUUUAUUUAUGUAAAAGAGAGGUAAAUCCGGAUUUUACUCGUUUCUUUUUCGUUCAAACUACUAUUCUCGUCUAGCAUAUCAAAAUGAUAUCAGGCAAAGUCUCGCACAAUUCGUUGUACAAGGCAAUAUAUCAAAUAGAAAAAGAUAGGUAGUCGCUGCGAUAUUUUCUAGUCAAUGUAUGUAGUGUAUCGUGCUGUCAAAUCAAGUUAUACUACAAGGAUCAUCCGCGUCACAUUUCCGCGAAGCAAUGGAGAAACAAAAAUAGCGUGAUGUACCAAACAUUCAGUUAUCGUUAAUGUCACGUCGUAAGAGAGCGUGGCAAAAUCUUUGCAAUCAUACGUAAUAACGGUCUAGUCAUGUACGAGAGAGGUCAAUUCUGGUUUUACUUCGUAUAGAACGCGUAACUGGAAGUUACUACGCAGUUACAUGCAAUAACUAAUGAGGCACAAUAUACUAAACUAUAUUUUGUACAAUAAUAUUUUUAAGUCGUUCUAUACUUUUAAGUCGGAAUAUAUAUAUAUAUAUAUAUAUGUAUACGUAACACGCGAAUAGAUUUUUAGAGGAAAACUUUUAGUAUUUUAUAAUAAAAGAUUAAUAUAGGCAAUUUUUUAUGAAGAUAAAACUUGUGUGUAUAAACAUAAGUCGCUGCUAUGGAUCAUAAAAAUUCAAGAUAUAAAGAGUGGGUAAUAUGGCCUACAAAGGAAAAAGUAUAUGCUUGGUAGUAUGUAAAUCAAUUAAAGAGGUCUUCCAUUAUUAAAGCAAAAACGUGUGAAAGUAUCCUAUGAUUUAUAUACUCUCGCUAUACUUCUCAUUCUAAAAAAUAAUUAUCAGAUAUUAAUAAAUUUAUAUCACAAGA